UGCUUCAUCUUAUCGGUAAAACUAUAUAAAGAAUCUGUUCAGAAAUAGACUCUCAAAUAAUAAGAAAGUUUUUGCUUGUGCAACAAAAAUUUGUGAAACGAAAAGAAAAAAGAAUGAAGAUUAUUUGCGAAAAUAUUUAGUGACUUUAUGCUUGGUGUUAUCGUUUGUGCUAGGUGGUAAUAAAAAUUUAUCAUUGGAAAAAGAAAUAAUACGAAAGUGAUUAAGAAAAACGAGUUUUUUUAAAGAAAAAAUUUAUGAAAAUCAUAUCAGCCGCUGUUGGUGAUAAGAAAGUUCAAGUGCGUGUGGAAAAUUAUAAAAAAUUAAUAUUUUCAUAACUAUAAAUUGGAAUAUAAAUUAUCAUAGAUCAUUGCUUCUUGUGAGAUUCUUCAAAGGAAACUGUAAAACGAAUGCGAUGUCAGAGAAUAUCUUAGAAAAGAAUUCAAAUUAACUGAUGAAUGGAGAAAGGUGAAUGAAACAUUAAGAAGAGGAAUAUAAAUAAAGAGUUGAAAUGUCGAGAAAAAAGAGUAACUUUCCCUUUCCAAGUCGUGUUGAAGGGUUCUUGGAAUGUUGUG